AUGAACGAGCGUGAGGUGGCCGGUAUAUACGACACGCGGUCGCCGCAGCUUGAAACAAUCGUCCGUGUGACCACUAAACAUGAUGAUGAAAAUCUCUCACCUGUGGAGAUAGAGCAAUUAACGGACGAGCCCAUGGAAGUCGAUGAAGACCCUGGUAUGGAUGUGGAGAUGGAUGAGGUGGAUGAGAUGGAACAUGAGCAGAUGGUUAAUCAUCCUCGGAUCCGGUCAUCAGGACCUACACCAGUUGGGCAUGAACUUACUGAACAUUCUCCUCCGCAGCCGGUUUAUGAGGAAGGCUGGUUGGUGUCUUACCUUGAGACAACAUUAUCAAGGAUAUCCAGGUAG